AUGGCAAGUUGUGGAAGAGAAGGUGUAGUGAGACAAUAUGUAAGAUCAAAAGUUCCUCGUUUAAGAUGGACACCAGAACUUCAUCGUUGCUUUGUUUAUGCCAUUGAAACUCUUGGUGGUCAUCAAAAGGCUACUCCUAAGCUUGUUCUUCAGUUGAUGGAUGUUAAAGGGCUUACAAUUUCACACGUCAAAAGCCAUUUGCAGAUGUAUAGGAGCAUGAGAAGUGACUCAUGUAAUAACCAAGAUAGGACUAUAUCCGUACAUAAAAGACAAUCUUUUCAAGAGAAUGAUGAUGGAUCUAUUGGAAAGGAAUCUGAUUCUCUCUUUAGCUACACAAAUUUCUCCCCAAAAAGAGCUAGAAUCGAGAAGAAAAGUCCGUUCUCCAGGGAAAGUUUAUGUGAAGCAGUUCCAAGUCCAUACACAAGAUUCUAUGAUUAUGGGCAGGACAUGGUUCAGGAGCAGCAGAAAGGAAUAAAGAACAUUUGUGUUGAUGGUUCAAUAUGGAAGAUCACUCCUGAACCACAAUAUUGCACAAUGCUACCAAAACAAGAAACUCAUUUGCUCAAGGUUACAAAGUUAAAUGAAAAAAAGAAUGUGAAUGAAAAGAGUGUACCUGCAAAAGAAGAAGAAGAUAUAAGAGGAGGUUGUGAAUUGUCAUUAUCAAUUUCAUUGCCACAAAAAAAUAAUGAUGUGAGAGACUCUGGAUUUAGUAACUAUAAGGGUUGUUCUACUGUCCAAAACAGAAUUAAUUUGGAUCUAUCUUUGGCUAUUUGA